CAGAAAAUUCACACUGUCAAAUAAUGUUAAUUUUUAUAAAUUUCGAUUACUGAGGUGAAGGGAGGAUAUUGUUAUUCGAGUUUUGCCGUGAACUCCCUCUCCAUGUAGUCUCUGGUCUUCAAAGUGUUUGUUUGUUGGAGGUGUUCCUCGUUUACAGCGUUGGUUUGGUUUGAGACCGCUGCUACCACAACAAAAUGUCGAUCGCGGAUGGCAGCCUACCUGCCAUGGACGAAACUGAGAAGAAAGUGGUGAAUGAAUUUUGUCAUCUGCUGGAGAAAUCAAAGCAAUUAUUCAACGGACUUAGGGACCUCCCCCAGUAUGGCCACAAACAAUGGCAGUCGUACUUCGGCCGAACGUUUGAUGUGUACACCAAACUCUGGAAGUUCCAGCAGCAGCAUCGACAAAUUCUGGAUACUAAGUACGGCCUUAAACGUUGGCAAAUUGGGGAGGUAGCUUCAAAAAUAGGACAGCUUUAUUACCAUUACUAUCUGCGUACCAGUGAGACAAACUACCUAAAUGAGUCGUUCAGUUUUUACUCCGCCAUCCGUAUGCGCGUGUACUACUCGAAGGCGAACAAGGAGGAAAGGUACGGGCCUGACCUGAUGGUGAAGAAACUGAGGUACUACGCACGCUUCAUUGUAGUCUGUCUCCUCCUCAAGAAGAUGAAGCUCGUACGAGAUCUAGUUCGGGAGCUGUCCAAACAGAUAGACGACUACACAUCAACAUAUGAACCAGAGGACAAGAGUGAGUGGAGACAGGUGUUGGAUGAGAUCAAGGCCUUUAUAGAGGCUGACAACAUUAUCAGUGUGGUAGAUAUGGACUCUUCCUCCAUCGUCCUGUCACACAGGCUAACCCCAAUGAACAACACACCCCUGGAUCCAAAGGGUACACCUGUAUAUCUGUCACUUCAGGAGAUACUUAUAGUGGGAAACUCAUCAGAACAGGUGAAGUUCAGUGAGUUGACAUUGGACAUGUUCCGCAUGCUACAGACACUAGAGCGAGAACCACAGGAGGAUUUGUCUAAUCAAAUCUAUGACGCUUCCCCGGCACCAGGCAAACCGCCAUUUGUUCGUCCACAUGCCUAUGAUAACGGUGACAGGAAUAAUCGACGAGACAAUCCCCACAAGUACCUGUUGUACAAACCCACCUUUAGCCAGCUGAACACAUUUCUUGCCUCAGGAUUUAAGGAGCUCCCUCCCAAUGGUGCCAUGCUGUUGUACAUAUCAGCCGACGGCUGCUUAGGCAACGCCAAACAUAAUGACGAUGCUGCCUACGACUUGGGAGGAGUGGUGACCAACAGUAGGAAGGAUGGUGACAUCAUGAACAGGAACAAGCGAUCAGGGACACUCAAGGAGAUGCACUGUCUACACCCUGGAGAUGUGUACCCCUACUGUCGUAAACCUAUGUUCCUCAUUAUAGAUAGUGACAACAGCUCGGCAUUCCAGAACUUCCCUAACUUGUUUGGCCAGCCCGUGGUAUGUCUGCUGUCUCAGGAACAGGUACCAACUACAAUGCAGGACCAUCAGAAGGGUAACCUGUUCACACUGUUUCUGCACUCACCACUGAUGGCCUUCUGUUACGUGUGUAAUUUAAACGACAUUCCCAUCACAAAGUGGGAGAAGUGUCAAGGUCAAAUUGACAAGUUCAUGGCUGAGGCAUCAAAACUCUUUCUGAGGUCAAGGUCACUUGAUCACUCGUACCUGCAGUUUAUAGGGGAUGACUUCCUGCGGUUGUUAAUGUUCCGGUUUGUGUUCUGUUAUAUUGUACUCAUACUCCACCGAGGAUUCAAGGGCCCCAGCUACUUCCCGAUGUCUCACCCACCCCUGCCUACAGAGGAGAUUCUGGAGCAUCCUAACCUCUACAAGGUCGUUCUGGACCUGGCCACUGUCCUCAACUCACGCAUGCAGUUUGCGGAACCAGGAGAAGGAGAUAUACAUGCGACGUAGGUGGCGCAGCUCCUAGGCAAACCAAUUUUAUUAUUUUUAAUUAAUUAUAAAAAUUUCAAUGCUCACCUGAUUACUAUCUGACUGUGUAAAUAUCUACUAUACUCCUACGGCGAGGAUACCUAAGACAUUCCUAGCCAUGAAAUGGUUAUCCAGUCAUUCCGGAGUGUUCCAGAUCACCCGUCAGUCUAAUGCCUGCAUACUAGACUGUACAUCAACAAUAUACAGAGCCUCCUCUAGCUACUGACAGGGCUUUACAAGCCUAGAAAAGCCCAAGUGUUUGGCUAGUACAUAGAUGGGUUAUUUUGUUGAGACAGAUUAGCAUGACAAUGUUGGAUGAAUCAGCCCGUCAGAACUGAACUUACGCUGCCUAAGGAUUGUAGUUAACCCUGUGUUUCCCAGGACCACAGGACUGUAUUGUGUGUGUGUGGAUUGGCUAUGUUAACCUUCCACACACAAAGUGAUGACAUCAUUAUUACACCAACAUUAUGUGAUGACAUCAUUAGAAAUUGUAUCUUUCCCUUCUCCAUUAAUUAUUUUAUGAAAAUACAUUUAUCAAUAUGUAUCUUCUUUCAUGUUUGCCAUUAACUUACAUGUACAUUAAAUAGCACAUAUAAUUGUUAGGUCGUUUAAACUUGAUUGAUAUUUUAAUUCUGCUAUUUGAAAAUAAGCAAUUUUAAUCCUAUAAUAUGCUAUGAUAUUUUUGGUGGAUAGACUGUACAUAUGGGUGCCUGCUGUUUACUGUAAUAAUAUUGAUAUCUAUCUUUAAAAAACCCACCUGUACCAUGCCACCAACUACUACUCAACCAACAACAAAGUCUUACGCAGAUAAAACAACAACAAAGUGUUAUACUGUACAGAUAAACAACAACAAAGUGUUAUCCUGUACAGAUAA